CGCUAACCUGGAGCAGGGCUGCCCGUCUCCCACACCCGCGAGGCGAGCAUCAUGGGGGCGGGCGCAUCUCUGCUGGUGCUCCCCGUCGACCGCGAUGACAUGGCCUCGUGCGUCGAGAGCCUGACGGCGCUCCAGCGGAAGCUGGAGUCUUCAGGCGCCUGGACAGCGCAGGAGCGCACGGCCGUGCGCGGCGCGCUGGAGCACAGCCGCGGCGUUUAUUCGAUGCUGAUAGACCAGGCGCCGGCGCAUCGCGACGCUCUGAAGAAAUUGCGAGCGGAGCUCCUGACCAACUUCAGCCGGGUCUACCAGUCCGUCUACGAAAAUCUGUUGGCAAAGGAGCCCGGCUUCGCCGAAUUCAACACCCAGGCGGACCGCUGCGCGAGCAACGCCCCGCGGCAGAAGCCGCGCCAGACGACGCAGCGGCUCGAGCAGCUCUACGAGACUGGGGCGGUGGGCGCUCGCGCGCCGUUCGCGAGCCUCCUCGACGCGGCGCGCGGCGCACUCGCCGGUGCGAGCAUCUCCGUGGCACCGCUGAAAAAGAUGUCGCGCGCGAUCGAGAAGUCGAUGCUCCGCGCGGAAGCGGAACGGCGCGGCGAAGUCGACGGCAUCGUCGACGUCGUCAGAGGCAUGGUCACGUGCGGGAGCAUGAGCGAGCUCGGCGCCGCUCUGACGUUCUUUUCUGAGGCCAAUCAUGGCUGGAAGAUUGUACGCGUAAAGAACCGCUUCGCGGGCGGGCGGACCAGCGGCGGGUGGGCCGACUGCUUGCUGAACAUCGUUCGCUCCGACGACCCUCACCAACACGUUUGCGAGGUCCAGCUCGUUCACGAGAAAAUGCUCCUGCUGCGAAAACAGCUGGGCGGCCACGACGCCUACCACCGCUACCGGACCGCCGACGAGCUGCUCAUCGUCCUCGCCGCCGAUUUGGAGGAGUUAUUGAUCGCUGGACUCGAGAAGGAGCUCACUGAGGCCAAGGGGAAUCGCGACGGGAAGAAGUGCAAAGAGAUCAAGGGGCGCAUCGAGGAGAUCAAAGCUGCGCACAGGGGCGGCAUCCUCAAGAUCAACGCAUUGCAGGCCCGCAUCAUAAAGCUGACGGCCGAGGAAGAGGCUGCCUUCGACAACGACGACUUCGACGAGGGCGAUAGGCUCCACGCGGAGCUCGAAGCCCGCAAGGCCGAACUCCAGGAGCAGCUCAAGCAGGCGAGGCAGCGACAGCUUUCAGUCGAAGCGAUAGACCCAUCGAAGCUCGCCGUGCUGAAGAUGCUCUGGCACUCGGAGAGCGUGCGUUGCGGCGUCCACUGUACUUUUGUGAUGAUCUGGCUUCGUCGUAGGUCACGAGCGUUGCCGUGUUUCCGGACGGGCGGCGCGUCGUGUCUUGUGAUGGGGAAGUUUUAAAGCCAGGUGUGCUCAAAGUCUGGGACGUGGCGACCGGCAAGUGCGUGGCGACGCUGGAAGGGCACUCGAAAGACGUGCGUUGCGGCGUCCGCUGUACUUUUGUGUUGAUGUGUGUUCGUUGUAGGUCAAUUGUGUUGCCAUAUCUCCGGACGGGCGGCGCAUCGUUUCUGCGUCGGACGACAACACGCUCAAGGUGUGGGACGUGGCGACCGGCAAGUGCGUGGCGACGCUGGAAGGGCAUUCGAGUUACGUGCGUUGCGGCGUCCACUGUACGUUUGUGAUGAUCUGGCUUCGUCGUAGGUCAAUUGUGUUGCCGUGUUUCCGGACGGGCGGCGCGUCGUUUCUGCGUCGAGCGACAAGACUCUCAAGGUGUGGGACAUGGCGACCGGCCAGUGCGUGGCGACGCUGGAAGGUUCCUCCCCUGUGCGGCACGCUGCGUCCGCGUUGUGUACGUUCUGUGAUAUGUCUUCCUUGUAGGUUGCUGUGUUUCCGGACGGGCGGCGCGUCGUGUCCGGGUCGGGCGACAACACUCUCAAGGUCUGGGACAUCGCGACCGGCAAAUGCCUAGCGACGCUGAGAGGGCACUCGAAUUACGUGCGUUGCGGUGUCCACUGUACUUUUGUGAUGAUCUAUCUUCGUCGUAGGUCAAGGGCGUCGCGGUGUUUCCGGACGGGCGGCGCGUCGUGUCUGGCUCGAACGACAAGACGCUCAAGGUCUGGGACGUGGCGACCGGCGAAUGCGUGGCGACGCUGAAAGGGCACUCGAGCGACGUGCGUUGCGGCGUCCGCUGUACUUUUGUGAUGAUCUGGCUUCGUCGUAGGUCUCGAGCGUUGCCGUCUUUCCGGACGGGCGGCGCGUCGUUUCUGGGUCG